AUGAUCGUGCGCAACAAUAGUUCGCAACCGCCCACGGUUUACGAUGGCGAUCCACGGGUGGCUGACGAUGAUUUGAAUGUGAAUACCGAACAAGGACAAAAGCCAGGCGCGUUGUCGACAAGGCAGAAGUCGAUCGCCUACCGCAGUUGGUCGACACGAACACACUACGAUGACAUGCUCUUUCCAGGAGAAAUAGCUAGAUCUUCGGAAACGGAUGCGUUGAAGAUGUAUUUCUAA